GGUCGGGCUGGGUUCUCUUCGUACCGCCGGAUGUCGGCCUGAGAAGCAAAUUGGGCAAUAUUUUGCGGUGGAAAACGGCGAUUCCACUGUUGCCCAUCAAAGCAAUGGCGUGGGUAAUAUCCUCUUCUUCUUUUUCUGCAGCUGCUUCAGCUUGCUCACUUGUACCUGCUGACUCACUCCCGACUCACUCAACUCGCGCUGGCAAACCCGCUUCUCUCUCAUGGGCUUCUUCCUUUCCUAGUAUAACCAUCUUCACCAGUAACAACUCGCUCUCGAUCCUUUCUAAUCCCGUUCUCAACAAGAAUUCUUUCAUUCAAGCUGCCUGGACGAGGAGAUCUCGAAGCGAAGCUGCAAAGAAACCUAACAAGAAAUCAUGGAAACAGAGGACAGAUAUGUACAUGAGGCCAUUCUUACUAAAUGUUUUCUUUUCGAAGAGAUUUAUCCACGCGAAAGUUAUGCACCGGGCAACGAGUAAAGUGAUAUCGGUUGCUACGACAAAUGCCAAGGAUCUUCGAAACAGCUUACCGUCGCUCACCGAUCACAAUGCCUGUAGAGUUAUAGGGCAACUUAUUGCUGAGAGAUCAAAGGAAGCUGAUGUAUAUGCAAUGGCUUAUGAACCCAGAAAGAAUGAAAGAAUUGAAGGUAAGCUUGGGAUUGUUCUUGACACUAUCAAGGAAAAUGGAAUUAUAUUUGUUUAAGAUUUGUUCUUAAAUCUUGAUAGUUGUAAAUGACUUGGGAAGUUUGUAUUUUCUUUGAUUCA